ACAAUCAUUUAUUGUUUUUAAUUUUAUUGAAACUUGAAAGAUUUGCCAUACCGCUGCCCCUUUAGCUGCCUAAAUUUAUUUCAUUUAUGUAUUUAGCGAAUGAAAAUGUUCAUUUCCAAGUUAAACUCAUUUAUGUAUGAGCGACCAUUCAAUUUUUCAAGAUAAACAAUCCGAAUUAUUUUCUAAUAUGUAGUUCUCAAUCCCUGUAUAUGCAUCCAUGUAUAAAUAUCUAUCUAAAACCAAAGAAAGAAUAAGAUUAAAGAAAAAACACAUCAAAACCAAAAUAGAAUAAUGGCAGGAUCAUCGUCUACCAAUCUCAAUCCUUUGGUUGAUGAUUUUUACUUCUCAGCUCUGUUUGAUGAUGAUGAAUUAUUUCCCAUCUCUGAUGAGAAAUAUGCACAUGAAUUACAGCUCCAGGAGGCUCUAAUGUCAGCAGCAUUUUCAUCAAGGAAACUUUUCCCCGUUAAAGAGGAGAAAGAUCAUAAUAAUAUGUUCAAAACUACUGCAGCGGAUCGUUUGUUGAUGAAAAAGGUUAAGUUAGAAAAAGAAGAAGGUGAGUCUUCUUCUUCUUCUUCACUUGUAGUAGCUGCCGCCGGCUUCUGUCCAAUCUGCACUGAACCCAAAACGACAAGAGAGAUGUUCCGAAACGACAACUGUUCCCACUCGUAUUGCUCUGACUGUAUUGGUAGAUAUGUGGUUCUAAAGAUUCAGGACAACAUAUCUAUGGUCAAGUGUCCUCACCCCAACUGUAGAGGCGUUUUGGAGCCGCAGCUCUGUCGUUCCAUUGUCCCUGAGCAAGUGUUUGGACGCUGGGAAAAUGCUCUUUGUGAGUCGUUGAUUCUUGGAGCCAAGAAGAUAUACUGUCCUUUUAAGGAUUGUUUGGCUAUGAUGGUUGUUGAUGAUGGGGAGAUGUCUGUGACGGUAUCUGAAUGCCCCGGUUGCCAUAGACUCUUCUGUGCUCAGUGUAAUGUUUCAUGGCAUGAAGGGACUGAGUGUGGAGAGUUUCAGAGAGUGUCUGGGAAAAGUGGUUCAACAAAGAUUUCGUCUUCGGAGAAGGAAGAUAAGAUGGUGCUAGAGCUUGCCAAGAAAAAACAAUGGAGAAGAUGCCCCUCUUGCUGUUUUUUUGUUGAGAAAACAGAAGGGUGUCUUCACAUUUCAUGCAGGUGUGGAAAUGAAUUCUGCUAUGGAUGCGGAUCCAAAUGGUCUUCAAGCCAUGAUUGUUCUUCUAAUUAAGAGUAAGGAAAGGACUGCAAAACAAUGGACCAGGGAAGAAGAUGCAGAAGAAGAACAAUAUAUGCUAUUUUAACAUUGUUUUCUGAAAAUUAAUUGCUUGGAUUAUAAGUAUGCUUUUCUAAGACUUGAUUUUUCUGCCAUGUAUGCUGAUUUUUGACUGUCAAGUUGUCGUUUCUUUUCAAACCACUGAUCUUUUUCACGACUAAUUUCAGAAUUCACCAAUCCGAAACAAAUAACACGACUAAGCCAAUUUUUGGAUUAAGUAUUUAAAUGAAGGUUGCAUCUUUCGGCUUGUAUGUCAUUCAAUGAGAAAUUAGACAUUGACAAAAUGUCAUUUUAGCAUUGUUGUCUAAAGAUAAUUUACACAACAUAAUUAUAUUUUUUCUUCUGAUCAUGCAUCCACAUAUUAAAUCAUUUUGCAAGUCUGAAGUAUAAAAAUCUGUAGUAAAUUAGCACAUAUAUUCAUUAUUUUUUUUUUGAUUCACUGGCUGAAUUUGGGAGAAUGAGUCGAAGAUAAAAGAUAAAAUCCUACGGUGAAUUUGAUACAUUUAGAUUUUUAUAUUUAUCCUAUUUGAUUAUAUCAUUAUUUAUUUUCUGAAGUCUGAAGAAUUUAAUAGAAACAUAAAAAUAUUCUACGAG